UUAUUCCUUGCUCUUAUGAGCUCACACACUGUGUACACUAGACACAUCGCGGCUGUGUUUCUCAGCUGUCCAUCUUAGAGGGAUUUCACACCAAACACACAAAGGAAGUCAAUUCUUUUCAGUGAGAAAUGUAGGUAUUAGCUUGGCAUGCACCAUCUUCAUUUGCCAAGAGGUUUGUUUUUGUGCUGACUUAACUGCAGCUAGGCAUGAGAUGCAUGAACAGGCAUUCUUGCAAAGACAAAGUGGUUAUUUAUUAAUGGCAAAUUUAACUGCACAAUCAUAGCUGUCACAAGCAAUUACUGAGGGAUACAAGCUUAUGUUUUCAUAUUCUACAUUUUGGCUCAAAUGGAGCUUAGCUACAGCCUGUCGAAGCAUUAAACUGCUUAAUAUGAUGUUAAAAACCUAAAAACAUUAAUAUAGCACAUUAUUCUUGUCACUGGCCGCUAAUUUGUUUAGACUACAUUCAAACACACUUACUGAUGUAAUGCGCUUUGGCACCACCACGCACACAUUAUACUAUUUGUAAUAUUUGGUGUGAAAGCCUGCUGACCAACUAAUCUUACAUUUUGAGGGAUGCAGCUGUCUACACUAGUGUGAACCAGUAAAUGAACAACUGGUGUGCUGAUGAUGUGAGCUUUUUGUGGUGCAGCCAGUCUACACAUGGUGUCAUUAAUACCGUGUCAUCAGAAUAACCUGAUCAUGGAUAUGAUCAAAUAACCACACUUACACACGGCUGUCAAAAUUGUCUUGUGUACUAAAAAAUUUAAUUCAAAUUUCAGCACACAACUCACAUAUCAGUACUGCAAAAGUCAGUCUAUCAUAAUUACUACCAGGGGAUCUAAUCUACAAAUCAAACAAAAGGGUCUUUUUUUCUAACAUAAUUGGCCAUCGUACUACAACUAACUACUAAACUAACUUACACGAUUUCCUCAAUGGAAUCAUGUUGUGAUCGCCAUAGGCCAAACUUCAGUUUGCCGAGGGUGCUAAAGACAUCAAGUCAGGCAGAAUGUGAGUUAAUGAGUAAUCAAUGUCCUAGCAAUGAGUGCCCAAAAGACGGCGUGGGAUGACAACACGAGGCAGCUAGAUUUAGUUAGUACAAGACUGCCAGGGCUAACUUGUUGCUCUAAUUCCUAUAAUGGUCAUCCGAUUGCCUGUCGGGCCCCAAUUUAUGACUUACAUAACAGUGUUUCUCCAACUAGUUACUGAAGUAAUAAUGUUCCUUUAGUAGACACAUGAGAGCUCGUUUCCACCGGAGUCUUUUACCUAGAACUGCAGACAGCUUAACUUAGCUUAUCUUCCAUAACUCGGUCCAAUAAAUGUUACACGCCGCUGACUACUACAGAAAUGGCCAUGAAAGCAUGCCGUGGAUUGUAUGCUAACUUGCAAAGCUAACUCCAGAGGGCAGUCACAUCGCGUCGUGUUGUGUUGAUUUAACAUCUUACAGAACCGCAAACCCAAAUUGUAGCCAAAAUUAAGAUGACUCGACUAAUUUUAAGGGCGAGUAUGGGCCAUCUAUGCCGCCUGAGAAAACCAGGCGACUUAAUUCCGUCCUGGGUCUGCAAAAUAGAAUCAAAUGCCAAAGGUUGAAGCUACGCUAACGUUGGCCUAGUCACGUUGAUUUUUCUGCGUACUCGCGAGACACUGGUGCUGCUGGCUAGCACAUGCUAGCACACCACCUCACGAUCACGACCAAGAAGCACGGUUCAGUCGACGAUCGACCUUCCUUCUCCAAUGGUGUCAACUUCAGCUUGGUGAAAGGACCUAUGAGCCAUCUGUGAUUAGGGUACCUCAGGGGACCCAGACUGGGAUGCUACAGAGAUGGUGAACACAUGACCAUUGAGAGCACUUGGCUUUACUAAUGGAGCACCUCCAGGGAGCGUGGAAGAAUCUGAGCAACGGCUUCGGAAUGAGGGACUCUGCCUUCGAGGGCCCAUGCCUUUCACCAACCAUGGUGCAGGGCUUUCCCUGCCAGCGUCGCUCCUCAGAUGACAGCAAGAUGCCUGACUCCAAGACUAGCAGCACUAUCCGAGUCUACCUCCCAAACCAGCAGCGCACCGUGGUAAACGUGCGACCGGGUAUGACUCUGCACAAUUGCCUGAUUAAAGCAUUAAAGGUGCGAGGUCUGCAGCCUCAGUGCUGUGCUGUCUUCAGGCUGCAUCCAGGACAGAGAAGUAAAAAACUACGGAUGGAUUGGAAUACUGACUCCACCUCUCUGAUUGGGGAAGAGCUGCUGGUGGAGGUUUUAGAUCACGUUCCUCUGACGACGCAUAAUUUUGUUCGGAAAACAUAUCUGAAGUUGGCAUUCUGUGAUAUUUGCCAGAAGUUUCUUUUGAAUGGUUUCCGUUGCCAAACAUGUGGCUACAAAUUCCAUGAGCAUUGUAGCACCAAAGUGCCCACAAUGUGUGUGGACUGGAGCAAUAUCAGACAACUCCUGCUGUGUCCAACACCUGGUGAGAGCGGUGCCCCAUCACUGCCACCGCUGACAUCCAGGCGAAUGAGAGAAUCCUUAACACGGUUUCCAAGCUCAGCCCACCGAUAUUCCACCCCUCAUGCCUUCAACUACACCACAUCCUACCCACCCACAGGCGGCGGUCUCUCCCAGAGGCAGCGCUCCACUUCCACGCCCAAUGUCCACAUGGUUAGCACUACCCUGCCUGUAGACAGCAGCAUGAUUGAGCUAGAAUGGCUGAAUACCUCCCCCAGCUCCUGGUGCCAUAGAUUCUGGCUGAAGAGGAAAGUAGGUAUUGUGCACUUCUCCCAGUCUUUUGUUGAGGCCUCACCUGAGAGUCCAGAAAAGGAUGCAAUGCGUGAUCAUGACUCGGCAGGGAGCUCCCCCAAUCAGAGCCCUACAGGCUGGUCCCAGUCCCAAUGCAAAGCCCCUGCACCUGCCCAGCGAGAGAGAGCCCCGUCCUUCAACACGCAUGAGAAAAAUAAAAUUAGGCCUCGGGACAAGCGGGACUCUAGUUACUACUGGGAGAUUGAGGCCAGUGAGGUGUAUCUUCAUUCCCGCAUCGGUUCGGGCUCCUUUGGAACUGUAUACAAAGGGAAAUGGCAUGGUGAUGUAGCAGUUAAGAUUUUAAAGGUGACUGACCCCACACCAGAGCAGUUCCAGGCAUUCAGAAAUGAGGUGGCUGUGUUGAGGAAAACACGACAUGUCAACAUCCUGUUGUUCAUGGGCUACAUGACGAAGGACAACCUGGCCAUUGUGACCCAGUGGUGUGAGGGCAGCAGCCUCUACAAACACAUUCAUGUCCUGGAGACAAACUUCAAGAUGAUCCAGCUCAUGGACAUCGCCAGGCAGACAGCUCAGGGCAUGGACUAUCUGCAUGCAAAGAACAUCAUUCAUCGUGACAUGAAGUCCAACAACAUCUUCUUGCAUGAAGGGCUCACGGUGAAAAUUGGGGACUUUGGUCUUGCCACAGUGAAGGCCAGGUGGAGCGGCUCCCAUCAGGUGGAGCAGCCUUCUGGAUCCAUUCUUUGGAUGGCUCCUGAGGUUAUCCGGAUGCAGGAUAACAAUCCCUACAGCUUCCAGUCUGAUGUCUAUUCCUAUGGAAUUGUUCUCUUUGAGCUCAUGACGGGAGAGCUCCCGUACUCCCAGAUAGCAAAUAGAGAUCAGAUCAUCUUCAUGGUAGGAAGAGGCUAUUUGUCCCCAGACCUCAGUAAACUCUACAAGAACUGCCCCAAAGCCAUGAAACGGCUGGUGGCUGACUGCAUCAAGAAGUCCAAGGACGAGAGGCCGCUCUUCCCACAGAUCUUGUCCUCCAUUGAACUUCUCCAGCAUGCCCUCCCUAAGAUAAACCGCAGUGCCUCAGAACCGUCCCUGCACAGAGCCUCUCACACUGAGGAUAUCAAUGCCUGUACUCUGACCUCCACCAGACUGUCUGUUUUCUAGAGGCUCAGACAGCACUGCCCCUCCUCCUCUCAUCACACUUCCCCAUCCUCUUCCUCUUUGAAAUAUCCCAAAUAGUCCAAAUAGCUCAGUACAACCAAAAUUCUCUGCAUACGGAUGCCAAUAUAGACCUAAAAAUGCACAUGCAAUCAUACAUAAACCCAUGCUAAUCAAUAAAAUAUGUAAGGAAAAGAGGAGAGAGGGAAGUGCGGAGAGAAGUACAUGUUAGAUUAACUAUGGCAGGGAGUGAGUGAUGAUGGAUUGCGGCGGGAUGUACGCAUGAAGAGGUUGGCGUAAGAUACACGGAUGGUGGUGCCUUGCUUAUCACUGCACGUAUUAAGAAGUAUGCAGUUGCUCCAUGGUGGCAAUGCAUUUGGUAAAAUUUGUAAAUACAUGCACGCACACCUACCUAAGACAGCGAUAAAUGGACAUUGAAGGAAGCUCAAGAGGGAGACAGAUGCGUUCCCUCUUGAUUUGGGUUCUGUGAUGUGAAGCACAACCUUCUAUCUGGUCACCUUGGUUUCUAAUGAAGAGGACCUUUAAAGCUUACCUGCCUUAAGAGGAAACAAAGCCUGGACUAAGAUCCUGCACAACUUCAUUUCCUCUUGUUAUCACAAACAAAGCCGUUGGAUGUAGUCCAUUUAGUUGCACAGUAGUAGUUGAUUUUGCAUUGUCUUAAAUGAUAAUGGAGUAGAUAUGGGAAAUUGUUGUCUUUUUUGUUGUUGUUGUCUUUGACUUCUUUUUAUCAUCUUUACUUUUUGGGUCUUUUUUUUUUUUUUUUAGGAAUUAUAGCCUGUCAGACAGCGAGCAUGAGUGACGAUGGAAAACUUUGCACAUUUUAGCAAAAGCAAUGGUUAUGUUUCAACAGUCUACACAAUGGUUUCUUAGCUCCGAGUAAACUGAUCUGUAGAUACAGAUCCCACACAUUCUCAUCAGUCCUUCCAUGUGUAGGUUAUCAUGAGCUGGACAUUUGGCGGUUGUCUUAAAUAUUUAAAAUGAUUUGGAAACUAAUUUGUAUUUGUUUAUCAUGUCUCUUUCAGGAGGUUAAACGUUUUAUUGUGAAACUUGGUGAGAAAGUUGUCUAUUCAAUAUUUUAAUAAAAUUAAGUUAAAUUUCUUUGCCAGAGAA